AACCACACGUUCUUCACAGUGGUAGGACAGGUCAGUUUGACCUAAAUAGUUUGACUGUCAACACAUCUGUACUACAAGUUAUAUAAAUAAGCAAGUUUGGAAUUUGAAAGAUUGAGCAUGCCGAAAAGUCUACUGAAUAUCACAGGAAUGAACAGCACAUCAUUCGACCCCCUCGUAUUUGCCAAAGCAAAAGCUAAAGAAGCAUAUAUCGAACAUUGUAAACAUGAUCCUAUACCAUCCGCAAUGGUCAUCGUACAAAACAUGGACACCAGCGGUUUGAUCUUACAUCUAAUUCUAAUCGUAAUGGCAACAAUAACAGUGGGAAUUUACAUCGAAGAAGUGUUUUACCUUAAAUCAAACCUAAAGUUAUCGUACAGGCGGAGACUAUCUUUAUUGCAGGCAGGAAUACCAACCGUGUUCGCUGUUUCUUCUGUUGUUGGUUGCUUCUUCCCGGCAGGAAAUGUAAUGAUCGACUUUGUGUGUUCUGUAUACUUUGGGUUCGGCCUUCACGCAUUGCUGGUGUUGAUGGUGAAUUACUAUGGUGGACAAACGCAAUUAUUACGUCGGUUCGAGGGAAGAUAUGUACAAACCAACACGGGGCCUUUCUGCUGCUGCUGUUUCUGUUUACCCUCGUUUAAAAUGACCAAAAGCAACUUCCAAGUAUUAUGGUACGCAACAUUCCAAGCAGCAUUCACACGACCCAUCGUCUUAUUCUUUGAAGGAAUCAUUAAAACUGACCGAACGAUCGCCAUUCCAGGGAUGGUCUACACCGGUUGUCUAAUUGCAUCAAUGCUGUCCGGGAUGUGGGCUCUUGUUAUAUUUCGGAAAGCAUCUGCAACAUUUAUUGGGAGGUUUCGAACGACGGCAAAGUUUUUUAACUUUCAGCUAGUUUUGUUGAUAGCAAACGUCCAGCCAUUUGUCAUCAAGUUGUGUUACAUCCCAUGCGUUUUGCCUUAUACUUUUUAUACAAGGAAAUUAAUCGUCAAUUAUCAAAUCAUGGUUGUUGAGUUCUUUAUUCUUUCCCUCACUACGAGGUGUCUAUACAGAACAACAGAUGAUAAUGUAGAACUUGAAAGAAUCGAACCUACGAGCACAGACACUUCACCUUCCGAGGAUAUACUAAUGGAAACUAUUGAAGAAAAAACCAACGGAAACUGUUCGCCUGACGUAUCGAACGUUUAACUUAAUUAAUAUUUUAUUUUCUACUUUGUUUUUCACUCAUGACAAUAAUGCUUCUUUAAUUAUUUUUUACGCGGCAAUUUAUUUUGUAAUUCAUCAAUAAAACGAAGAAAGUAUUAAAUGCAGCGCAGUAUCUAUACAGUAUCUAUACAGGGUGGGGGAAGAUGGGACACGUUUAGCUCAUAACAUCCAAAUAUCCUGAUUGUGUUUUAAACAAUAAACAACGACCAACAGGAGUCAUGAUGAUA